AUGGAUGACCCUGUUUUUGUUGAGCCGAAAAUAGUUCCGAUUCCAGAAAACGAAAUUUGGGAUUUCAAACUUGGUGAUAAAGUUCGAAUCAAAUAUUGUAGUAAAGAAGAUUUCAAAUCCAUCCAAAAGCGUACCGUGGGCUGGAACACUCGUUUGCAUAUGGUACAUGGUCAUGAAGGAAUCGUUGUCGGAUUCUUGUCCGAAUAUGACAACGCGAUAAAUGUCCUUUUUCCAGAUAUUUUCACUGGAUUCUCUCUCUACACUGGAUUGUUUGAAAAAGUGGAAGAAGAUGCUAUAAGCUCACGCUGGAAGCCUGGUGAUAUGGUCAAAACAAUCACAGAUUUGAAUAUGAUAAAAGUGCUGCAACAAGGCUUGGGUGAAAUACCCAUUCAAUUUAUUGGCGAAAAAGGAAGAGUAGCAAGUGUCACGAAAAGACACGUCGAUGUUACAUUUGACGAAGAAAACACAAAACAGAUUCAUCCGACAGUGUUGCGUCGAUGUAGCGAUGACUCGCCAAUAAAAAAGUCCACUCCUACCCACCCAUGCUUCAAAAUAGGCGAAAAAGCAAAAGUAAUUUCUAAUUUGAAAAAAAUUGUCGAAAAUGAACUCGGCAAUUGGAGCCCAGGAAUGGUUGAGCUGAAAGGACAAACCGUCACGAUAGUUGAUAUUCUGGAAGACAGCAGUGUUCUUGUUCAGAUUAAAAAUAGCCGACCAUGGAGAGUAAGCUCCAAUUCAGUUCUGAAAUUAGGAGAGACGGAAAAAAAAUGGAGAAAAAGAUUUAGAUUUUCAUCCUGGAAAUAUAUCCCGCUUUCAUUCAUCGAACAUCUUCGACUACCGGCAGGAGUACAGAGUGUUGAUGGCGACUUGGAUUUUUUGUUACAAUAUGACAACGGACCACAAGUACCUGUGACCCCGUCAAUUUUGAUGAGAGCGUCCUCAGACGAGGCAGAAACCUACAAGGAUAUUCAAAAAAGAGUCGAAUCAUUGAAACCCGGGGAUUCGGUCUACCUUGAUGUCGGUCCGGCGAAGUACGUUCGAUCAAUAUUAGCAACAGAAGAAUUUGAUCAAAAGGUUGUUUCAGCUUUGACUGAAGCCUCGACUCUCGUGGGCUUCACCGACUCAAAAACAGCAGUGAUUCAGUAUGAAAACGGAAGCCGAUACAAAAUCAAUAAGAAGUAUCUCACUGUCCCAGAACGAUAUGGCAUCGCAACAUAG